AUGCUGCGAGGGCCCCGGGCGCCGGCCCCGGCCGCCGCGCUGCCCCUCCAGGGGCUGCCGGCCCUGAGCCCCACGGAGCUGUGGCCACCCGGCCUGGGCAGCCCGCAGCUCUGCCCGCUCACCGCCACCUACUACACCACCUCGCUGUACGCGCAGACGGCGCCCCCCGCCGCGGUGUCCGGCACCUGCCUGGACGCCACCCCCCACGGACCCGAGGGCCCAGCUGUGCGAUGCGUGCCGGCCGGCCGGCUGCCGGCCAAAAGGAAGCUGGACCUGGAGGGCAUUGGGCGGCCCGCGGCCCUGGAGUUCCAGACUCCCAAGGGGAAGCUCAUUAGAGUGGAUGGCCUCCCCAGCCCGAAGACACCCAAGUCCCCCGGGGAGAAGACUCGGUACGACACAUCGCUGGGGCUGCUCACCAAGAAGUUCAUUUACCUCCUGAGCGAGUCCAAGGACGGGGUCCUGGACCUGAACUGGGCUGCGGAGGUGCUGGAUGUGCAAAAGCGGCGCAUCUAUGACAUCACCAACGUGCUGGAGGGCAUCCAGCUGAUUCGCAAGAAGGCCAAGAACAACAUCCAGUGGGUAGGCAAAGGAGCACUGGAGGACCCCACCCGGCCUGGGAAGCAGCAGCAGCUGGGACAGGAGCUGAAGGAGCUGAUGAGCACGGAGCAGGCCUUGGACCAGCUCAUCCAGAGCUGCUCUCUGAACUUCAAGCACCUGACCGAGGACAAGGCCAACAAGAAAUAUCCUCGGUGGCCGGGAGGAGGUGGUCAGGGGGCUGGGCCUGCUGCUCUCAUAUCUACCCGGAGUUGA